AUGGUGAUGUCACAGAGCACCUACACCUUCCUGACGUGUUUCGCUGGCUUCUGGGUGGUGUGGGCCUUGAUCGUCAUGCUUUGCUGCUUCUGCAGCUUCUUGCAGCGUAAGUUGAAGAGGCGGCGGGACGCCCAGCCGCCCGAGCAGAGCCUCCAUAGCCUGGAAAUGGACUCCCUUGAGAAUCGCGGCUGCCCACCAAGAGAGCCUGUGCACCUGGGCCCACCGCAAGCUCUGUGCCCGUCUCUGCAGUCUCUCCAUGCCAUUCCGCAGGGCAGCUGGCCGGCUUCACAAGAAGCCGAUGUUUUUGGGAAACCACCUUCCUACGAGGAUGCGGUCCUGAUGGAGGACCCGCCACCUGCCUAUAGUGAGGUUCUAGCUGACAUUAGAGGGGGGACCUACACCAAACCCGAUGCAAGGACAUCCAGGGAGCUGCAGGACUCCGAAAAGAGCAAGACGCGCCCUGACACUCUCGCAGCCCGCGCGUACUCUUCCCUCAUCCACCUCCCUGCAGCGGAACACUGGGAUUCUUUAGGCUGCUUCCUAUCCACUAUGGAUAUGAACCGCAACAACCUCCCUCUGCCUGCCUCCGAGUCCUCAGUCAUGGCCCCGCCUCCGCUCCGGGGAAGCUUCUCUGGUGGACAGGUUCCAGACCGGCCUUUACCGGACCAGACCUGUGACCUGCCGACCGCUAUCCUCGUGUUCGGCAGGAGUACAGCUGUGUAAGCCAGAAUCUGCGCCAGAACACGCCUCUGUCACCCAGACUGUGAGAGAAGUAAAGAAUUUCCUCCUUUUAUGCUGCUGUGAAGCGAAUGGGCCUCGUGAAGUAACCGCCAGCUUUAUGCAGUGACGCAGAAUACUCCAGUGAGGUGUAUGCACGCACUGUAGCUGUUCAGAACCCUGCAGUUAGUGUCCUGUGACAGGUGAAAAAAAGAAAAGAAAAAAUAACAUUCUACUUGAAAAGUACUUUAGUCUGACGUGCUUGUGCACUAACAUGCAGGAACAUUUUAUUUUUUUGUUUGUUUUCGCUAAGUUCACCCCGCUAGCCGAAUGCCUCUGUGUGGUGAGUAGCAUAUGCUUAAUGUAUAGGUUUAGAGCUGAUGCAGCCAAGUAAUGCACAUCCACUGAUAGCAGUUUAUUCACAGAGAUAUACUGUGAGGAUAUACAUUUAGUGACAGUCCUUUUUUAAAAUUUUAAAUUUCUGUAAAUAAAACAAGAAAUACUGUGAUUUUCCAGUCUUAAAGCACAGCCUUUUAUUAAACUUAUUUUAUUGAACACCUACUGGCUAUUUCCAAAACUGCCAAGGAAAAAAAAAGGAAGUUACUAUCUUAUUGUAUUUGCUUGUCCUUUGUCAUGUGGACAUCUGUUGAGCGUUUUAAAUUCUUUAGUCCAGUCUGGCCUAAGAUCCCGCUACGAGCAUUCUUUCUACGUAUAUCAUGUGUGAUGCAUUUGUCCCUGCAGGCACUGCAUUUACAUUUUAUUAAUUUAGCAGACACUUUUAUUCAAAGCAACAUUCAAUUCAGGACAAAGGAUCACACAGUCCCUAGAGCAGUUUAUGGGCUCAGGGGCCCAACAGUGACAUCACUCUGCAAACCCUGGGAUUUGAAUCAGCGACCUUCUGAUCACAAGAUCACGACCCGCUGAGCCACACACCACACUACACUAGAAAAUAAAGCCAUUUUAUUGGUGCCUGUGGGGAAAUUCUCAUUUUGCCUACCCCAUCUAGCUGCCCAUGACACACACGUAGGUGAGAGUAAGCCUGGCAGUGAAGGGCAGCCACCUGCAGCGGCGCCCAUGGAGCUGGGGGUUAAGGGCCUUACUCAAAGCCCCACGGACACGUAGCUAUUCUGCCAGACUCAAACCGGCAACCUUCUGGUCACAGAUACAGAGGCAUAGCCCACUAAGCCACAUUCUGCCCCAUUACCUGAAUUAAUUUAAUUGGAUGUACAACUUAAUUUGGGGUUUGGGUUGGCCUCCUUUAUUCUCAUUUUAAUAUCAUACAUUGUAUCCCAAAUUUAUGAAUGCCUGCUGUUUAUACCACCAGGCAGUACUGCCUCCUAGUGGUGACUGACACAAUAACACCAACAUGUCAAGGGAUAAGCGUUCAAGAGAAGUGAAUGAAGUUAGCAGAUGCUUCAUAAGGAAUAACCUUUGGGAAUGAAAUCUUACGCCCUGGCAGAACAACCUCAACGUUACGGGAUUAGAUUAAACCUUUGAAGUGUGUCCCAUGAUCUGCAGCUUUUUGCAGUGCUCUCAUACACUGGACCCACACUGGGAUGUAACUAGAACCGGGAGCAUAAACACUUAUCUGACUUUUAUUGUGUUUUUCUAUAUCUAUCAAAAUUGAAUAUUUUCCUAAUGUCACCCAAUGGAGCAUAAAUCUCGAGCAAACGCUUGACAGAUAUGUCGCCUGAAAAACACGCAACUUCUCACGUGCUGGAGAAUGAAUCAGCAGAAGCGACAAUGUUUUGCAUACCAAAGGCACCAAAUGUGAUGCUAAUAUUAUUAUUUGCCUUCAGCACUGGUUGAACUUAUUGUUCAACAGAAAACAUGAUGUUGCUUUGGCAUUUUGAAAUGUUCCCCAGCAUAGAAAACAUUAAUGUCAUGAACUUACAUGUCUAGGGUAAUGUGUAUUCCUGCUCACCAAAUUAUUGUCCUCUGCUUAUAUUUUGAAGGUAUCUUUUUUUCCUUUUAACAGUAAUCCGUAAUGGUAAUGUAUUAUUAAUUGAUACAGUAAAAACCAAAUGAUAAAUAAUGGAACAUUUGGCAUAUUUAAGUGUACUUGAAAACCCCCAAGAUAACAGCAGCUGUGUGGACAUUGCAAUUUAAAGGGGACUUUGCCGCUAGAUAUGACCGCUGUCACAGCCCACGCCAUUUGCUGGGCCUGCUCCUUUAAGACACACGCCGAGCGCAAGCCUGGAAUGAAAUGUUUUGUCACACUUUUUCCUCAUGAAAACUAGACCACUGGUGGCAGAACCUCUAAAUCAUCAUUAACGUACCUUUAUUAACAUUUAAUCAGUUUUUGAAAAGUCUUUCAGGAGAAUAUUACACUAUUUGUUAUAUAUAUUGGUUUUAUAGGUAGACCUUGUCAGCAACUAAUUGUCUUUGACCCAGUAAUUUUACCAGGAUUGUUGGAGGCUGACAAAGGUUUUGGAACUUGCAGCAUCCCCAAGCUCACAUUCUGCUUAAUUCCCGUAGGCGUCACAACCGAAAUCCAAAAGCUCCAGAUUUAAACUGACAUACCACAACGCAGCUGGGAAUCUGCAAACACUGAGCACAUAUACCGAGAGAAAAACUGGCCUCUAACCCAGUGUAACACUGUGAUGAAACAGGGGUACGCUCGCCCCCCCAAGUCGGGCACGAGAAGGAAGGUCUGGAAAGUAGUUUUACGAAUUAAAUCCAGCAUUAUGGAUUAAUGUGAGUAGGAAUUACAUUAUGUGCUAAUUAGACCUUUCUGUUUGCGCGUGAAAGUUUACCAACAGAUCGUUCUUACAAAGGACUAUGACUGUUGUCAUAUAUUAAAAUUCGUAUUAUUAUUAAAAUUAGUUUGCAUAUCCGUGAAAGCCUUUUACCUGAGUA